AUGCGCUAUCACUUCCUUCUGGCCUUGUUCGCCUUCUUGGCACUUUGUGCUGCCAAUGAUGAGCAUCCGCUGUGUCUACACGUUGAGAACGAGCAGCACACUCUAGAGCAGAAAGAAUUCUCAAAGGACAGCAAUUUUGGCCAGUGGCUGGAUCGCCAAUACAGCGACUGGAUAUCCAUCAAUGAAACUGAAACCAACACCAAAGGAUUCUACAACUUUUUCGUCCACAGAUUCGCUCCUCAUCUUUCACAUGGAAUCGUUGACUGCGAUGGCUUGCAACUCUGCUCGCCUGUGAUUUGUGACGCCAUUAGUGAAGCUUUCGACCUCGAAGAGCAACACUUCGCCUGGCUAGCUCUCGAAGCGAUAGCCAACUUCAACAACGCCAGACUCAAGAUCGACGCUCAGGCCAAGAGUGCAUACGAAGAAGUGACGGCUGGCAUGCACGGUCUUAUGAGCGACUUUUCAGACGCCGACAACGUGGUUCAAACCUUGAAGGCAGUGAACGCGCGAUACAAGUCGCGAAUGCAGAUGGCUGGCGGUGUCGGACUGAUCUUGAGAAGUUAUCUCUCGUUUGUAGGGACACUCGCAGGUUUCUUUCCUCCUGAAGCUGGCCUAGCUAUAAACACGGCAGGAAAUCUGCUCGCCCUCGGUCUUAGCGGAUUUGGUGUAGGAACGGCCAUGGAGUUCGACAAACUUACGGACGCUUCGGACUUACCAAGAAGGCUAGACGCCGCUGUAUCGAAAGUGCAAGCCGCGAACUACCAAGUGGCCAGAGAAAUGUAUUCCUUGGACUCCGAACUGGUCAUGAGCGGUAGAAAAGGACUCUUGGACAUGACCAUUGUCGACAUUGUUCAAACGGGCUUGUACAGUGAGCCAAUGAAGAUCUCACAGGAAGUGCGGGAUGAGAUCCAUGGUCUGCAGUACGCACAAGCGAUAAGCAACAUCUGGGAUCAGGAACACGUAUACAUUAUCAUGGCUCCUGUGAAAGGAGGUAGCUGCGAGGACGACAACCGAGCUCUUGGAAAAGUCUGUCUCGACGACUGGCCUGAUCACGUCUUUUAUCCUCAGUUCACGUCCCGUGUCGGCGAUGGUCGAAAGGCUAGAGCCAUGACUCGUCUUUUCCCUGGACAUGAAAAGAUCCCACAAUCGGUGAAUCUCUCAAUGAUCAACGUCGUGCAAUCCUCAGUCGCCGUAUUCGAAGACCAUGGUAACGAGCCUGUCCAUCUCUCAGGCGAUACAGCGCUUGAAGGAUUCCUGGAUCCCGCCACGAGUUCAUUCCACAAAGGUGGCAAGUUCGCCGGAAUCUUUGCCAUCCCCAUAUGCUACCAAGAAGACGGAUGGAGUAUCUCUUCUAUCAAUACAAAAGAAUCGCGCAAUUACCCGUGCUAUUGUGAAGCCUCUCCCUUCGGUGGUAGCUCUCCUGAUGAACAUCAGUUCACUGCUGCGAAUGGCCUUGUCCCACGCCAACAUCACAAUCAUGGCAGCUACAAUCUGCCGUACGACCAAGACGAAACGUUCGCUUUCCUCAACGCCACCGGCAUUCAUGAGUCGAGAGGUUGGUGGGAGUAUUGCCAUCACUCACACGGAAUGAAUUGCGAAAUAGACGAGACCGUCGAUUGGGCAGGCAAGUUCGGAACAAAGUCAUACAAUAAGUUCAACCACCCGUUUAGAGUGUGCAGGGGACGCCCACAUAACCAAAAGGGAUGCCAUAGUCCCAACGACGGGAUUCACCAAUGUGGAAGUAGGGCCUCAGCAACGGCGGGAACUGAUAUGGGAACUUCGGAUAUGGAUAGGUACGAUGAUUUAUCAGAUGGGGUGGAUGAUUUGAAUGAGUACAACGACUCAGAUGAUGAACUGGAAGAAUACUUCGGCUGA